UGACAUGUGAGAAACAUCUGUUCACAGAAUCGCGUUCUUCCUGCUACUUUAUAUAAAGUACAUGUCAGAACAUCAGUGGAUGCAGAGCAAACAUCAACACCUGACCUCUCCCCAGCAUUCCAUCAGUGAGUGCUACAGUCCGCAUGUCAGAGCUCAAAGGAUGUUUCCCCAGAGACACUGAAAUGAACUAAACUUUUAUGAGAUUUCAUCCAUACGUCCAUCCCUGUACUUCACCAGCAGCGAGAAACAACAAUGGGGUUACUCAGCAGGAAGAUGAAUCUGGCUCUGCUUUGGGGAAUAUCUGUUUUGUUUGCUAUGGAGUCCAUGAGUGCUUACAUCCCAAAAACCAACUCAACUGCUGAACCAGACAAGACAACCACAAAGCUCAUAAGUGCACGUGUACUUCAUACUGAAACUCAGAAACCUGCGGAGAGAAGUGUUGCUGCACCAGCACAGAUUACUCUGUCACCCACAGUGGAAACAAAAGAGGCCGUCGUCACUGACAGAAUUGACACCUCAGAAGACAACACAUCUGGUAUGGUUGCCAUGAACACUGUGGUAACAACUACAAGCAGCUCAAGUCCACCAUUGCUUGAUAUCUCCACAGCGGUUACCACAACUGCAGGUGCAUCGCAUCCAUCCAACAACACAACGAUCUCAGAGACAGCCAAACCUACGGAGGAACAGUCACCCAGCACUUCUACAGACACGACUGCUCCUGCAACAGCUUCUACAGCAUCUACACUGCAUGUGUCUUCCCCACAGCCUACAUCCACCACUAAGCCUGAAGUUACAUCCAAGUUAUCUUCCACCACCUCUCCUGUUAAUUCUUCCCCGUAUCCAGUCGUCACCCAAACCCUCAGCAGUCCCUCACCUUCUACUACCGCCAUAACAGUAGCCAACCCCACCUCUGAAGCAGCACCUGUGUUUGACCCCACAACAAUUGAGGCCUCCAGCACUGAGCUUUUGUCUACGUCUCAGCCUAUUUCGGUGACAAAAAUACCCAUCUCCACAACAGGGUCGAGCUCUACCGCUGAACCCCCAAACAUCUCAUUCUCAACCGAUUCUCCCAUCCCUACGACCAAUGUCUCCAGCACCAAUGUCUCCACCAGUCCUGCAGGAAUCUUGGUCACUCAUAUGCCCAAGAUUAUGCCGAUACCGAUCACCAAAUCCACUCUGGCCACUACAACCGCACCUCGUGAAGUGACAAAGAGCCCACUCAGCACCGAGGCCCAACCCUGCUCCACCCGAGGCGUGGUGAAGACCUGCCUCAUCGCCGUCGCCUCCUUGGCCGCGUUGGCCACCGCCUUCAUUGUCUCUACCAUCAUCCUCUGCACCAAGCUUUCAACAAGGAAGUACAAAGUCAAGAAGACGUCUCAGCCGGCCACAGAGAUGAUGUGCAUCUCGGCCCUGCUGCCUGAGAAGAAUUACACCUACUCAAGACAACGCAAUCCACCCAGUAACGGAGUCCUGGUGAUCCAUGGUGGUGCAGACAGCGAUGAGGACGGAGGAGAUAACCUUACUCUCAGCAGCUUCCUUCCAGAAAAUGACCGCGUUGUUUAGAUGGAAUUAUUACUGUCAUCAAACCUCAGAUCGGACUGAUUCGUCUGAUGUCAUUGAUGUGGAAACAGUUGCUGUUUGAACAAACUUGUGCUUCCCGUUUGAUGUUGGUGGUUUGGCUUCGCUGCACGCCCAUUCUUGUUGGAGGCCGAUACAUAGAUACCACAAAUACAAACAAAACAAUU